AUGUGGUUUGUUCUAUUUGAUCAAAAUCUGAUCCUUAUCAAAUUGCAACGUUUACUAGACAAAUACGAAUUAGACAAGUUACAUUUGGGAACAUCUGUCUUGUUUGUAGACUUGCAGCCCAAGCAUUUUGUACUCAAGUUUCCUUGUCACGAAGACCCCAAAAGUAGCUUAAAAUGUGGAUUUGUGAGGAUUUGUGCUAACAGUUCUGAAUCUAGUAGUGUAUCCCUCAAAAGGUGUGUUUGUGUAUUUGAGAACGUGGUGAAAAAUAAGGUUUACUGGCAUUGCACUGCAGUUUUAAGUGGAGCUGCUUGUCUUGCUGCUCCAAGAUAA